UAGCUGGAUGGGAGACAGCAGGUUGAAGCUGCGCGCAAACCUUAAACCCAGCUCAGAAAGCAGCCAAAGAGCAGGAGGGAUCCAGAGUUUUCUUCAGGCUCUCCCUGUGGGUCUGGCUGUUUCCUCUCACUAAGAGCACAACAAGAGCACCAGCCGCACUGGAAGGACCAGUAACAGCUGCCAUGAAGGCAGCUCUGAAGUUUCCUGAAUGUGGGUUUUAUGGACUAUAUGAUAAAAUCCUACUAUUCCGACAUGACCCUACAACAGAAAAUAUUCUUCAGCUAGUGAAGUCAGCUACUGAUAUCCAAGAAGGUGAUCUUGUUGAAGUUGUCUUAUCAGCCUCUGCGACAUUUGAAGACUUUCAGAUUCGACCACAUGCUCUGUUUGUUCAUUCAUAUAGAGCACCAGCCUUCUGUGACCACUGUGGAGAGAUGCUGUGGGGUCUUGUACGUCAAGGUCUUAAAUGUGAAGGAUGUGGCUUAAACUAUCACAAGAGAUGUGCAUUUAAAAUCCCAAACAACUGCAGCUGUGUCCGAAAGAGGCGACUUUCAAAUGUUUCCUUAACAGGGCUUAGUAAUAUCAGGACAGCCUCUGCAGAACCUUCACCCACUACUUCAGAUGAAACUCUACUGAUUCCUACAAGUCCUAGCUUUGAGAAAUCACCCCCUGAGACAUUUGGGAGAGAGAAGAGGUCCAACUCUCAGUCUUACAUUGGGCGGCCUAUCCAGCUUGAUAAGAUUUUGCUUUCCAAGGUUAAAGUGCCUCAUACUUUUGUGAUCCAUUCAUAUACACGGCCAACAGUUUGUCAGUACUGUAAGAAGCUCCUGAAAGGACUAUUUAGACAGGGCUUGCAAUGCAAAGAUUGCAGGUUCAACUGUCACAAACGCUGUGCACCGAAAGUGCCAAAUAAUUGCCUUGGGGAAGUCACCAUUAAUGGGGACUUGCUUAGUCCUGGUGCGGAAUCUGAUGUAGUCAUGGAAGAGGGAAGUGAUGACAACGACAGUGAGAGGAACAGUGGACUUUUAGAUGAAAUGGAAGAGUCUAUGGCUCAUGAUGCUGAGAUGUCAAUCCUGAACCAGAGUGACAAUGGAGAAAUACAAGAUGGUGAUCCUGACCAGGAUGAGAGUAACAGGAUGAUCAGCCCUUCAACAAGCAACAACAUUCCAUUGAUGAGAGUGGUGCAAUCUGUCAAGCACACAAAAAGGAAAAGUAGCACAGUAAUGAAAGAGGGUUGGAUGGUUCACUACACAAGCAAAGAUACUCUGAGGAAGCGGCACUACUGGAGAUUGGACAGCAAAUGCAUUACACUGUUCCAAAAUGAUACUGAAAGCAAGUACUAUAAGGAAAUUCCACUGUCUGAAAUUUUAUCUCUGGAACCUGCAAAAAACUUCAGCUUGUUGCCACAGGAAGCUAAUCCCCAUUGCUUUGAAAUAACCACCGCCAACAUAGUCUACUAUGUUGGGGAAAAUGUUGAAAACCAUCCAAGCCCUCCAGUUAAUAACUGUGUUCUGACAAGUGGUUGUGGCUCAGAUGUAGCGAGGAUGUGGGAGAUGGCCAUCCAGCAUGCCCUCAUGCCAGUUAUCUCUAAAGGUACAUCCAGUGGUUCAGGCCCAAGCCUACACAGAAAUAUAUCCAUCAGUAUUUCAGUGUCAAAUUGCCAAGUCCAAGAAAAUGUGGAUAUCAGUACAGUGUAUCAAAUCUUUCCAGAUGAGGUGCUUGGAUCAGGACAGUUCGGAAUAGUUUAUGGAGGAAAACAUCGCAAAACAGGAAGAGAUGUAGCAAUUAAAAUCAUUGACAAACUGAGAUUUCCAACUAAGCAAGAAAGCCAACUUCGUAAUGAGGUUGCAAUUUUACAGAAUCUGCAUCACCCAGGGGUUGUAAAUCUCGAAUGUAUGUUUGAGACACCAGAAAGAGUUUUUGUUGUUAUGGAGAAGCUGCAUGGAGAUAUGUUGGAGAUGAUUUUGUCAAGUGAAAAAGGAAGGUUACCAGAGCGAAUAACCAAGUUUUUAAUUACACAGAUCCUUGUUGCCUUGAGACAUCUCCAUUUUAAAAACAUUGUUCACUGUGAUCUGAAGCCAGAAAAUGUGUUGCUGGCAUCUGCUGAUCCUUUCCCACAGGUGAAACUUUGUGAUUUUGGUUUUGCCCGGAUCAUUGGAGAGAAAUCAUUCAGACGUUCAGUUGUGGGUACACCAGCCUAUCUUGCUCCUGAAGUUCUGAGAAACAAAGGGUACAAUAGAUCACUGGAUAUGUGGUCUGUGGGAGUUAUUAUCUAUGUCAGCCUUAGUGGUACAUUUCCUUUCAACGAAGAUGAGGACAUUCACGAUCAAAUCCAGAAUGCUGCUUUCAUGUACCCGCCCAAUCCAUGGAAGGAAAUCUCUCAUGAAGCUAUUGAUCUCAUAAAUAAUUUGUUGCAAGUGAAAAUGAGAAAGCGGUACAGUGUGGAUAAGACAUUAAGCCACCCAUGGCUACAGGAUUACCAAACCUGGCUAGAUUUGCGAGAGCUGGAAUGUAAAAUAGGAGAACGUUACAUCACCCACGAAAGCGAUGAUUCGCGGUGGGAACAGUAUGCAGGAGAAAAUGGUUUGCAGUAUCCAGCACACCUUAUCAGUCCAAGCGUGAACCGCAGUGAAAAUCCUGAGCCAGAAGAAGCAGAGUUGAAAGCCCUCAGUGAGCGUGUCAGCAUCCUUUAAAUUGCAGCCCUUGUAAUCUGUCAAAACACUGUGGAACUAAUAAAUACAUACGGUCAUGUUUAACAUUUGCUUUGCAGAACUGCCAUUAUUUUCUGUCAGAUGGGAACAAAGCUGUUACACUGUUACCACCAUUGAUAUAUGGGAGUUGCCAAGACAAAUCAACAGAAGCAUUU